UUAGGCGGGUCCACACAGAGCGAGCAGCCUCGCGAGGCAUUUGCCGCGCGAGGAAACUGUCCCCGAACGAGCGCGGCAGCCUCGGUAUCAUCGCAAGGCUGCUGCGCGCGGCAAGCCCGAGCCGUUCGUUCGUUCAGUUGAGAGUUAAGACAUCAUGGCACCACACGUACGUGUUGCGGUGGCAGCUGUUGCUUUUAUACUUAUAAAUAGGAUUAUAAAAAAGAGAAGACAAAAAAAACUUAAACGAAGACAAUAUUGGAUCCAGACAUUAUACAAAAACAGAUUAUAUAAUGGAAAGGAAUGUUAUGGAAACGAACUGUACCAAGAAUUGAUUAAUGAUGGAGUGGAGAAAAAUUUUGCACGCAUUAAUGAAGAGGAGUUGGAUCUAUUGUGUUCAAACUUGCAAAGCAAACUUCGGAGAAAUGAUACGAACUGGCGUCGAGCGAUAACCGUGAGAGAAAAGCUACUUUUAACAUUACGGUUCUUAGCGACAGGAGAUUCUUAUACCAGUUUGCAGUAUCUCUUUCGCAUUUCGAAACAAUCUAUAUCGAAGAUUGUUCCUGAAGUUUGUGAUGCCAUCAUCGAACAUUUAAAGGAUUAUGUAAAGGUGCCGGCUACAGAAAAAGAGUGGCUCGCAAUUUCAAACGGUUUCCUUAAUAAAUGGAAUUUCCCACAUGCUGUAGCAGCGAUGGAUGGCAAGCAUGUUGUUUUACAGUCUCCCAUAAACAGUGGCAAUGACUAUGAUAAUUAUAAAUCAUUUUCAAGUAUAGUUUUGUUCGCCUUAGUAGAUGAAAAUUACAACUUUUUAUAUGUAAAUGUUGGGAGUAAAGGACGGAUUUCUGAUGGAGGUGUCUUUAAAAAUACAAAAUUAUAUCAAAAACUUGAAAAAAGAGAACUUAACAUCCCAUCACCCACAAUUUUGCAAAUACCGUACUCUACCAAAGUACCAUUUUAUAUAUUAGGUGACAAAGCUUUUCAGCUGAAUGAAUACACCAUGAGACCUUACGAGGGCAAUCCAGAAAGAGGUUCAAAGGAAAGAAUUUUUAAUUAUAGACUCUUCAGAGCACGAAGAGUUGUAGAAAACGCUUUCGGAGUGUUAAGUUCUGUUUAUAGAGUUUUGCGUAAACCAAUGUUAUUGGAACCGGAACAAGCAACAAAAGUGGUCUUAGCAUCAAUUCAUUUGUAUAACUAUUUACGGAGAACAUCCUCUAAUAGCUUUGCAGCUCCUGGCUUUUUUGAUGUGGUGGGAAAUGACGGGGAAAUGGUAGAAGGUAGUUGGCGAAAUGAAUCAGAACCAACAUCAUUAUUACCAAUUCAACAAAUACCACGACGGGGAGCAAAUAAUGCUAAAGAGGUACGUGACCACCUAGCAAGACAUUUUAUUACGAAUGGAACUGUCUCAUGGCAAGAUAACUAUCAAUAAGAAAUAUUAUAUGUACUUACAUUUUC